CAAGCAUCUAUCUCAAGCAAUUAACAGCCUAAACUACAUUCCACACAUCACCAACACAACCAUCGAAAUGGCCUCCAACCCCAACCCCGGCAACUUCGCCAACCGCCCCCAGGAAGAAGUCGAAGACAUCGCCCGCAAGGGUGGCCAGUCCAGCCACUCGGGCGGAUUCGCCUCCAUGGACGAGGAUAAGCAGCGCAACAUCGCCUCCAUGGGCGGCCAAGCCUCCAGUGGUAGCUUCCAGCCUGGCGAAGAACGAGCCCGGGAAGCCGGCCACAAGGGUGGAAUGGCAUCUGGAGGGAGCUUCGAGCCUGGAGAUCCCCGGGCUAGAGAGGCCGGUCGGAAGGGAGGAUCGAGGACUGCGGAGGAUAUGCCGGAGGAGUAAACUACUAAGGAUUACAUUGUGACCAGCUCUAUUGGGGAAUAGUUUGUUAUGUGAUAUGAAUCGAAUGUGUUUCAGUUUUGAGUAUGGAUUUAAAUUGUGUGUAG